GCUGCGCGCCUGCAGUAAGCUUGCUGCGGCGCCAACCUCUAGUAACAACAUCUUAUAAUACGAAUGGCGGCGGCUGCACCAGACGGUGGCAUGAAGCCACUACAAAACGCCAUGAAACUGGCUAACGUAGCGAUACAGCUUGAUGCGGGGAACAUGCAUAAGGAGGCUUAUUGCGAAUAUUUGAGGAGUAUCAGUUAUAUAUGCCACGCGUUGCUGGAAGAUGCUGGGUCCAAACAAGCAGAAAUGGUGCCAUUGGAGGUGGAUAAAAUGCUGAGAUUGGCUGAGCAGUGCCUGGAGAGAGUGAAGUCCUUCGCAGGGAAGAAGUUGGAUGUCACUGCUGAGUCCAGCCCCACGUCGGGUCCCCACCUAUGCCCCGCCCACACGAGGGCUGAUGCGGGGAUGGGCGAGCUGCAAGCUGCUGUCUGCACUGCGCAGCCCUGUGCCCAGGUUCCAGUGGCUGCACACUGCCCCCUGCGUCCUCCUGCAGUGUUUCCAGCACCCAAGCUCGAGUCUGGUGACACCCCCACCCGACACCGCCGGGUCUUGUCUGACGGAGGAGGAGCUGCAUCGCCGUUUCUCCCCCCUGAAAUUUUCCAGAAAAUGCAGGCCGUAAACACACAAGACACUAGAAAGGAACUGACCCCACUGGAGGAGGCUUCACGGCUCAAUCAGAAGCUGAAGGCGAAUUAUGAAGUCCGGCUGGCACGUCUCACCCCUGGACAGGCGACACAAAAGACGUCCCUGACCCUCUCCCUUCAGAGGCAAAUGAUGGAGAACCUUAUCAUCGCCCAGGCUCGGCAAGAUGCUCUUCACCGGAAGAUGGAGGAGAGGAGACUGAGACUGCAGGAGGAGGCCAGCAGGAGGUUAGCGGCCGUGGGCAUGAUCACGCCGGAGGAGCAGGAGCAGCGUGUCCUGUACGCCAGCGUCCUGGAGUACGAGCAGGAUCACGACUGGCCGAAAAUGUGGAAAGCCAGCUUGAAGAGGAACCCCAACGACAGCACGCUGGUGUCAGGCCUGGUCUCCUACCUCCUGAGCUGCCCAGAUCACCCCGUGGUCCAGCUCCUGAAGACCCUGCAGUACAAUAUAUACGACCGCCUGUACCCCCUGGUGAGCCAGUGCCCCCCCAUCACCGCUCCCUCCCAGUUGGCCAUCAAGACCUCGGUCAGCGCUCAGAACCUGCGCUCCGAGUCCGGCCUGCCCGCCUCGCCGCCCUCCUACCAUGACCACAACGCCAACCGCGAGGGGGAACCUGUGCUCCCCGACCGGGAGAACUCCUUCGAGGAUCUGGAGCAGUUCAUGACGCAGAUGGAUUUGGAGCCAGGGUGUGAGCGCCGGCCUGAGGUGGUGUCCCACAUCCAGGAGUUGGAGGGCUUGGUGCUCCGGGAACCUCUGAAGAACAUCGUUAAGGACGUGCACGCUGCCAUUGAUCGCCUCCUCUCCCUCUGUCUGCUGUCCUUCGAGUGCCUCAACACCGCCGCAUCCAAAGACCUGUGUGUCGCCUGCAUCGAGGAGGCAUUCUUCCCCCCGCUCUGGGGCCCCCUGUUGGUGCUCUUCAGGAAAGUGCACCGAGAAAGGGAGCUGUCCUUCGAGAUGAGCGUUCGGUUGUAUCGCAACACCACGCCUGCCGAGGUCGGCGUGGCGCCCAAACUCUUCCCCAGGGAGCCGUCUGCGUUGCGAGCUUCCUACCCCUACGAGUCGGCCGUGCAGGAGCUCCGGCUGCUUUCCAGGGACCUGUGUCCACAGAGGAAGCUGGAGUGCAUCGUGCGAACGUUACGCCUGAUCUGCGCGUGUGCAGAGGAGUACAGGAGCUUGCAGGAGCCGGACGCCCCCCCCAGCACGGCUGCCAUUGGGGCUGACGACCUCCUUCCUAUCCUGUCUUACGUGGCUCUCCGCACCGAGAUGCCCCAGCUGGUGUCCGAGUGCGCCGUCCUGGAGGAGUUCAUACACGAGGGGUAUGUAUCCCGGCGUCCGUCUGCUCUGAGCAAACCGGCAGUGUGCAUAGCCCCCCCCCCGAAAAGGCAGCGUUCCUCCCGCCGCUGCCAAAACCGGCGGACGACCUCAUGUGACCUACAUCUGUUUGCCGUCCCCGAUCCCUGCCGAUCGGCGUGGCCCGCCCCCCCCACCCCGGCCGCCGCAUUUCCUCGCGUGCGUCCGUCAAACCGCACCCCAGAUGUGAGUGUAUCUCGGGAACUGGCCUGGUAACUGGCAGCCGUCGUG